AUGGCUCCCUCCGCGGCCCGCGUGCUGCAGGACAAGUACGACGCGCUCAACCGGUCGUUCAGCUCUGUGAUGGUAGAGCUCACCGAGCGCUCCGCAGAGGUCGAGCGCUGGAAGCGGACGGCGGAGGCGGAGGCGUCCAAUGCGAAAAAGGCAGAGGCGGAGGCCGCGUCGGCAGAGGAGGCCGCGGCGGCGGCCACCGAGGCGGCCGAGGCGCGCCAUGCGCGCGACGCCGCCGAGAUGAGCCAGCUCGUCGGCCAGCUCGGCCGGCAGUGGGCGAGCAAGCGGAUGCAGUUUGACGCGGCGGUGCGCGAGGCGGCGCGCGAGGCGGCCGAGGCGGCGCGCGAGGAGAUCGAGGCCCACCAUGCGAGCAACGGCGGCGGGCCGGUGGCGACGGCGGUGGCGACGGCGGCCGCAGAGCGUGCCCGCGCCGACGCCGCGGAGGAGCGAGCCGCCGCGGCGCAGGCCGAGGCGGCGGCGCUGCAGUCCGAGCUGCAGGAGGCGUCGCGGCGGGCGGAGGAGGAGGCGGCGAGCCGGCGGGCGCGGCAGGCGGAGGAGGAGGCGACGGCGGCGGAGGCGCGGCGCGACACUGAGGCGGCGGCGGCGACGGCCAGGCGGGAGGCGGCGGAGGCGGCGGCUGCGGCGGCCGAGAGCCGUUCUCAGGUGUCUCAGCUGGCAGAGGCGGCGCGGGUGCAGGCCGAGGAGAAGGAGGCGCUCGCGCGGCGGCUGGCGGAGGCGGAGGCGCGAGACGCGGCCGGCCCCGCGGCGUCCCAACAGGCUGCCGCGGCGCUCGGCGGCGACGCGUCCCGCGCAGCGGCAGCUGAGGCGGCGGCGGCGGAGGCGGCGGCGGCGGCGGCGGCGGCGAAGCGCGAGGUGGACGAGGCGCGCUCGAGCGCGGCCGCCGCGCGCGCCGAGGCGGCAGAGGCGACGCGGCAGCAGUCGGUCGCAGAGGCGGCGGCGGCGGCGGCCGGCGAGCGAGAGACGGCCCUCGCCGCCCGCCUGAUUGCGGCGGAGGCGGAGGCGGCGCAGGCGGUGGCGGCGGGAGAGGCGGCGAGGCGCGAGGCGGCGGAGGCGAGGGCGGCGGCCGCGGAGGCGGAGGCGUUGGCGGCGGAGGCGGCGGCGGCGGCCGCACGCCCGCCGCCGCCGCCGCCAUCGUCGCCCCCUCCCGCGGCGGCGACGGAAGCUGGCUCAGGGGAGGGGACCCCCGCGACGGGGGUGGCGGCGGGUACCCCUCGCAGCGGGUCGGGGUCAACUCCGGUUUGGCUGCGCAGGGCGGCGUCGGAGCUUCCGAUGACGUCUGAGCCGGAGGCGGAGGCGGAGGCGCGGCUGGCCGAGGCGGAGCGGGCGCGGGGCGAGGCGGAGGCCGACCGGGCUGCGGCGGCGGCGGAGCGCGCCGCGGCGGCGGAGGCCUUGCGGGAGGCGGAGGCGGCGAGGGCAGAGGCGGCGGCGGCGAGGGCAGAGGCGGCGGCGAGGGGGGCGGCAGGCUCGGCGUCGGCGGCGGCAGAGGCGGUGGCGGAGGCGGCUGUCGAGGAGCUCGCCCGUGUCAAGGUGCAGCUGGGGCACGUCGACGAUGCGCGAGCGGCGGCGGAGGCCGCCGCGGCGCGCGCGCAGGAGGAGCGGGAGGUUGCCAUCCAGUCGCUUGUCGCCGCAGAGGCGCAGGCGGCCGAGGCGGGCGCGGCGGCGGCGGCGGCGGAGGCGGCAGCCGCAGCGGCCGAGGCGGCGCGGGGGAAGGGGGGAGGGUUGGAGGGGGUCGGCGGCUUGCUCAAGAAGCUGGGCGGCAAGGCGGACGAGCGGGACGGGCAGCGCGAGGAGGAGCGCGAGGCGGAGGUCGCCGCCCUCAAGGCGCAGCGGCUGCAGGCGGUGGUGGAGGCGCAGCGUCUGAAGGACGAGCUCGAGAGCGCGCGGGCCUUGCAGACUCCCGACGCCGCCGAGAUGCAGCAGCUGGCGCGGCUGCCCUCCUUCGGCCCGGGAAAUGAGCACCGUGUGUCGCAGCUGGCGGAGGCGCGGCACGAGCGGGAGGCGACCAAGGAGAGGCUCGCACGCGCCGAGGCGGAGAUGGACGAGUUGCGCGUGCGCGAGGCCGGCCUCAAGGCGGACCUGCUCGCGCUGCAAGACGACCGGAGCACUUCGAUGGCGCCGUCGGCACAGCCGCCGCCGGGCGGCUCGGCCGAGCAGGCAAAGCGUGGGCUGGGCGGAUUUGGCUCCAAGUUUGCCCAACUCAAGUCGCAGGCGGAGGCGAAGCUGAAGGAGGCGCAGCAGAAGAAGUGA